CGGAAGUUGCCUUUAAGAGGAUGCGAAACGCAGUGACUCGGUCCCCGCUCGGAUCUUGAUUUCUAGCCAAGAAUGCAUGUACACUUGGCACUCAAUCGAACUCCUCGAGAGAUCAUUUGAUGGGUCGUUGACUUUAACCGAAAGUGGAGCAAUAAGUCUCUUGCGGAUCCUUUCUUUGGAAUGGAAGCGUAUGAGUCCAAUGUUGGAACGUUACCGUUUCCUUGUCCAAGCUGAUGAUGCAUUGGAGGUGACGACCUAGAAGACCAGGACUUGGUCCGAGUUCCCGCCUGGGCAUCUCUCUCUCUCUCUCUCUCUUUCCUGCUCUCGUUGUCUUCUUCCAGCCGCCUGUAGAUGGUCAGGGAAGUACCUCUCUAAUGCACAGAGCUCGCAGUUUCCGAGGUUUCUUGCAACAGACCCGCACCUGAAAGUCAUACCGAGUCUUGUUCAGGACCUUCAGGCAUGGAUAUUAACGACCGGAAGCAGAAGAGCAUUCUCGCUGGAACAGUGCUUCUGGCCUCUGCUCUUACCAUCUUUGGGAUCGUGAUGCUGAGACAGCCAACCCUUUACAAUAGCCCUGGCCUAUCUACUUCUGGGAAUGGGGAGCACAAGUCUAAUAGUUCUCUCCCUACUCUUUCAAGGCAAGAGAAUGGCCUGUUUCAGCAGCACGAAGCAGGAGUGACACACGUUCUGGUGACUGGAGGUGCCGGUUAUAUAGGCUCUCAUGCUGCCUUACGCUUAUUAAAAGAUUCACAUCGAGUCACAAUAGUGGACAACCUUUCACGUGGAAAUAUAGGUGCAGUCAAAGUUCUCGAGAAGCUAUUUCCGGAGCCUGGUCGUCUUCAAUUUAUUUAUGCAGACCUGGGAGAUCCAAGAGCAGUCAACAAAAUUUUUGCAGAGAAUGCGUUUGAUGCAGUCAUUCAUUUUGCAGCUGUAGCUUAUGUUGGGGAAAGCACACUGGAUCCUCUUAGGUACUACCAUAAUAUCACAUCGAAUACUUUGGUAGUGUUAGAGGCAAUGGCUUCCCAUGGUGUGAAGAAAUUGAUCUACUCGAGUACCUGUGCAACAUAUGGAGAGCCAAAGAAGAUGCCCAUCACUGAAGAAACUCCUCAACUCCCGAUCAAUCCAUACGGAAAAGCCAAAAAGAUGGCAGAAGAUAUUAUACAGGAUUUCUCCAAGAAUUCUGACAUGGCCGUCGUGAUCCUGCGAUAUUUUAAUGUCAUUGGAUCAGAUCCAGAAGGCAGAUUAGGUGAAGCUCCCCGACCGGAACUCCGUGAACAUGGUCGGAUAUCAGGUGCUUGUUUUGAUGCUGCCUCGGGCAUUAUUACUGGGUUGAAGGUAAGAGGGACAGAUUAUAACACUCCCGAUGGCACUUGCAUCAGGGAUUAUAUCGAUGUCAAUGACCUCAUUGACGCUCAUAUGAAAGCUCUGGCCAAUGCCGAAUCUCAACAAGUGAAGACUUACAAUGUUGGCACAGGAAGAGGUAAAUCGGUGAAGGAGUUUGUUGAGGCGUGUAAAAUUGCAACAGGGGUCAACAUAAAAGUCGAAUAUCUUGAUCGUCGGCCAGGGGAUUACGCCGAAGUUUACAGCGAUCCUUCAAAGAUAAGGCAGGAGCUGAAUUGGACAGCUCAGUAUACAGAUCUUCGAGAAAGCCUUCGGAUUGCAUGGACAUGGCAGAAGUCGCAUAGAAAUGGUUAUGGCCCCCCAAUUGACGCACAUUGAAUGUGAGGUGGUCCUUAUAUUUGCACGGUCGGAUUGGCUAUAAGAGGUUGCUCUCACAGAUGAGCUAAAUCAUGCAGACUUUUUACAUGUUCGAUAAUCAAUUAAAUUGCCUGAAUUUUAGAGAUCUCCAGGAGAGGUUGCAGAACCUGGUGACAAGGUAGAAAAACGGUCAUGAUCGACAUGGCUGCUGAUUAGUAAGUGGGUCCGCUUCAACUCAUAUUCGCUUUCCUUGGUGUAAAAACAGUGAGCUUACAUUCUACCUCUAACCCUUUUUGCUAGGAGAAGGAAAACAAAAUCUUUAAUUUUUCAA